AUGGGGCCCGGCGCCUGCAGCGUCCUGCUGGCUGCCCUGCUGCCCUGGGCUGCGGGGGCGUCUGCUGCCGCCGCCAGCUCAAGGGCUCACAAGCAGCUGAUGACUGUGAACCAGCCUGGAGUUUGCCGCUACGGUUCUAAGACAGAAUGUUGCUACGGCUGGCGAAAGAACAACAGAGGGCACUGUGAAGCCAUCUGUGAACAUGGGUGCAAGUAUGGUGAAUGUGUGGGGCCAAACAAAUGCAAAUGUUUUCCUGGAUUUACAGGGAAAUCCUGCAGUCAAGAUCUGAAUGAAUGUGGAUUGAAACCACGACCCUGUGAGCACAGGUGCAUGAACACUCACGGCAGCUACAAGUGCUAUUGUCUCAAUGGGUACAUGCUCAUGCCAGAUGGCACAUGUGCAAAUUCCAGGACAUGUGCCAUGGUGAACUGCCAGUAUGGAUGUGAAGAAAUCAAAGGGGAUGUGCGGUGUCUAUGUCCAUCAACCGGACUUCAGUUGGGACCUAAUGGAAGAACAUGUAUAGAUAUUGAUGAGUGCACCACUGGGAAAGCUAUUUGCUCUUAUAACCGCAGAUGUGUCAACACUUUCGGAAGCUACUAUUGCAAGUGCCAGAUUGGUUAUGAACUGAAAUAUGCCAAUGGCCGUUAUGGCUGUAUAGAUAUAAAUGAAUGUGCUGCAGAUACACACAAGUGCAACCUUCAUGCAGAGUGCCUCAAUACUCAGGGAUCCUUCAAGUGCAAAUGUAAGCAGGGCUAUAGAGGAAAUGGACUUGAAUGUUCUGUUAUUCCUGAAAAUUCACUGAAGGAAAUACCGAGAAUCCCUGGAGUCAUCAAGGACACAAUCAAGAAACUCUUUUCACACAAAAACAGUGUGAAAAAACAUGAAGAAAUCAAGAAUGUGAUCCCAGAACCAGCUCCCAAGCUGCACCUGCAGUCACUGGACUACGAAGGUGGUGUUUACAUUGGUGGAGCCCAGGAUGAAAAAAAAGAAAGUGAAGAUGCUGGAGAAGAGGAAGAAGUAGAUGAGGCAGAGGAAGAAGAAGAACAAGAAGGGUUUGAAAACCAGAUUGGUCAAGAUCAAAGCCUAAGAGGAGAUGUCUUUCUUCCCAAGGUGAAAGAAGCAGCUGCUUUUGGUCCUCUCCCAGCACAGAGAAAAGUUCCAGUAUUGAAACCAGAACAGGAAGUUGAUUGCAGCUUCAACAAGGGGGUUUGUAACUGGAAACAAGAUACUGAUGAUGACUUUGACUGGAAUCCUGCUGAUCGAGAUAAUGGUGAAGGAUACUAUAUGGCAAUUCCAGCUUUUCUGGGACGGAAGAAGGAUGUUGGCCGUUUGAAACUUCUCCUCAGUGACCUCAAGCCAAGGAGCAGCUACUGUUUGAUUUUCAACUAUAGACUUGCUGGAGAAAGAGUGGGGAAACUUCGAGUUUUUCUGGGCAGCCACAGAAGUACUCCUGUUUGGGAGCAGAGCAGAGGAAAAAAUAAAAGGUGGAGGACUGGAAAAAUAGAAGUACUUCAGGGGGUUGAAACCACUAAGAUUGUCAUUUUUGAAUCAGAACGUGGGAAGGGCAAAACUGGGGAAAUUGGAGUGGACAAUGUUAUAUUGAUUUCUGGCCUAUGCCCUGAAGAUGAACUGACAACUAUCUGAGCUUGGUUUAGUACCUAUGUUUAUAUUUGCUUUACAAGUACUGUAUUUUGUUACUUCCUGACCCAGAUAAAAAAAAAAUCUGUAAAAUAUGGUGUUUAAUGUGAUGCAACAAUGCAAACAGAAAAACUGACCUGCACAAAGUGCUCUGUAUCCGUUUGGGUACACAUUUUUAUAUGAUAUAUACUAAUACAAACUUUGAAUGUAGCACUACUGUAUUUUAUAAUGUAAGGUCAGGGUUUAUAACAUGUGAGAUGUUUCUCUGACUUUUUUACAGUACAUGUGAUUUUAUUUAAAUACAAUUCUUUUUUAGGGUGUUUUAGUAUCUGGACUACUUUUUUUUUUUCUUCAGAGCACAAAAAGCAGUAUUUAAGAGAAUUUGAGUAUCUCGAAUGACACUUAAGUGAGCCCAUGACAUAGCUAUCUAGAAUCUUUUUUUCCGAAGUGCCUUAUCCUGAUUAUUAGCAAUAUAAUAUUAUUAUCUUUAAACUGUAACAUUUAUGUUAAAAAAAUGUUUCUAAGGUGCUCAGUGGGCCUGAUUCUUCAUUUUGUUUUGUGUAAUGCUUAUCCUUGUAACGAAUGUGUGUAAAUCCUACAAUUUUUACACAUCUUUCUAGUCGCUCUACACUAUGAAUGCCUACAAAGUUUAAAACAGUGAAGAAAUCAAGCUCAGUACAUUCUUCAAGUGAAGUAAUAUGUAUUGUGACUUCAUAUUAUAAAAAUGUGAAGUCUGACAUUUAUCUGUUUAGGAAUUAGGUAACCUGUUCACCCCUCCAUUUGCAUGUUUAUUUGCCAUUAAAUUGAUGGGCAUUAACUUAAACAUGGAAGAACAAAUGUAUCUGACUUGCUAGACAAAACAGAUGUUAAUGUGUAGAUAGCAAAAGUGCUCAACAAUAAGCAGCAAGCAAUUGCUCCUUUAACGGAGGGAAAAAUGUUUUCAAGUAGUAUCAUUUCUUUCACAUGUAUAGUCAUUGCUAAUAAAAUAUGAAAAAGUCCACUAGGGUUAAGAGAUGUCUUUGUCACAGUUGUUAUUAUCUAAAUGAUUGUAGUGUAUUCUUAUAAACAACUAUGUGUAUCUUAAAAGGAAGAAAAAGGAAUACCAGAUGUUACAAUGACAGUAACAAAAAAACAUUAUUAAGAACAAAAGAAGACCUGCCACUGAUGUGCAAGAAACCUGAUGGAAAAACUAAUAAAUAUCCACUUUCUUUGUGA